CGUUCCAGUGUCUGUGCAGCAUAUUGUCGUUCGCUAAAACAUUUGCCAGCACGCUCGUUCAACACCAGAGUAUCCGGUUUGAGUAAUAUUGUGAAAAUCUGCGCAACACCGAUUGGCGGAGCUUGGCAAAGGCGAAGAGUUUGUCGUGUACGUGUCGCGUUCUGCUGCCUUUCGUAACUUUUCCCAAGGUCCGAAAGUAGAGCGCCUUUCGCGUUUUCUUCGUUGUUACAUCUAGUGGCAAGCGGAUACUAGCGCUAAUCUUUCCAACAAGCAACUGAUACGUAUUGUGCACUGAGUUGGAGCUCCAGGAGACAGGAAGCUUAAGAUAGUGCAGGAAAUCAGCCGCCUACUGCUGAACGAUCGGACGAAGAUGGCCAACCAACAGCGCCAGCGAAUUAGUCAGGAGAAAAGCGUCUCCGAAUCGGAAACGGCGGAUUCUGUGUGCGUGGUUUGUUUCAAACCAAUUGUCUAUUUUGCUGUCGGCGAAUGUGACCAUCUCUGUUGCUAUGAGUGUUCCACGCGUAUACGCGUUCUAUGUCAGCAGAACGAUUGCCCAAUUUGUCGUAGAGAUUUAGCAAAGGUUAUAUUUUCUAAAACUCUAAUGUCUUAUCAACAACUGGACAUCAAAAACCGCUCGGGUCUGUACGAUAAAAAGUACCGCAUUUGCUUCACGGACACAGAGGUGCAACAAGCAUUCUUCGAUCUUCUUGACAACAAAUGUCCAAGAUGUGACGAAAAGAAUUUUCCCAAAUUCGAGCUGCUCCGUGAACACGUCCGUAAGAAGCACGAGCUGUUCUACUGCGACAUCUGCACGGAGCAUCUGAAGGUGUUCUCAUCCGAACGACGCUGUUACAAUCGCCAGGAGUUGGCACUGCAUCGGCGCAAGGGCGAUCCGGACAAGGUCGGUCAUCGGGGCCACCCACUGUGCGAAUACUGUGACACACGGUUUCUGGACAAGGACGAACUUUUUCGCCAUUUGAGAAGAGAUCAUUUUUUCUGCCACUAUUGCGAUGCCGACGGAAGGAAUUUCUUUUACGGGGAUUAUGCGACACUUCGGGACCAUUUUCGUUCCGAUCACUUCCUCUGCGAGGAAGGAGAGUGUGAGCAGGAGCAAUUUACUUCAGUGUUUCGAUCUGAAAUCGAUCUGCGGGCACAUCGUGCAUCGGUGCACGGAAAAACGAUGAAUCGGUUAGCGAACAAGCAAACACGAACGCUUGAGCUGGAGUUUUCGUACGCCCCUCGGCACGGGCCACCAUCAGGCCCUAAUUCGGGAGCCGGCCCGGGAGGCGGUGCAGCCGGUGGAGGUCCCUCGAUGCGUGGUGGACGCGGUGGUCGCGGAGGAGGCGGUAGAGAUGGAGGUCGUGAUGGGGUUCCGGGUGGUUCUGGCAGCAAUGAAGCGCACCAACGGGAGUAUGAAAUGUUGGUGGAAGCAACUCAUCAGGCAUCGAUACAGCAGCACCCGAAGAAGGUGAUCGAUGCCACGAGCGAGCAGGACUUCCCUACAUUGGCUGGUGCUACUCCAAACCCAAUGUUUCGUCCUAAUAACGUCUCGAUACGCCAACGAGUAUACGGAUCCGCAGGUCUUGCACGGACUAAAGAAAACUUUCCCGCCCUCGGAUCCGGCGGAGGAGAAACUACCGGACCGACAAGCAUGAACGAAGGGUUUAGCAGUAAAAUCACUGCUAGCUCUCUCUUGAAACCUAGUCAACCGAGUGGUAGUGCCGGAACUAGUAUGAUGAUACACGUGUCCAACCGACCCUCCGGUUCCGGAGCAGGAAAGAUGGCCAUCGCUGGGAAGAAAAAUCAAGCCGACUUUCCCGCGUUGCCUGGUUCGAGUAAAGGAGCAAGCUCUACCGUCCAGCGUAAGGCUGGUGCUACGAGCGACCUCUUUGCCGAUAUGGACGAUCGCAGUGGUGGUGGGUCGAUGGUGAACCUAAAUGCGAUGUCGGCGAAACAUCGCGCCCUAGCCGACGAUUACGUGUCGGUAUCCAGUGUGGUCUCGAAAGUGUCGACCGUCUCAUCAAAAGAAGUGAAAAAGGGUCCCCAGCCAGCGCUGCAAGCGGCCGUACCGAGUGUCAACUCUACCAAAGCUUUUCCGACCCUCGGAGAUGCGGGCAAGCCGCCAGCAAUUAAAGCUGUUCCAUGGGCUGUUGGAGCUACUGGGGCUGCUGCCACUAACGGAAGUAGCGUUGCCUCAACCUCAUCAUCGUCGAAUGUGUCCAGCAAAAAGAAGCCUGCUCCAGCUCCCAAUUUGAAGGAAGAUACAGGUUAUGUUAAUUUAAACGCGCUAACGGGUAAGAAGUCGGCGGACAAGAUGAAACAGAAGGAACAACCUUCAACUUCCAGUAACGCCGAUACACGCAACAACAACGGAAGUGCUGGAUCUAAGGAACGUAACAGGGAACCACAAAAGCAGCAGCAACAGCAGCAUAGUAAAUCGAACGGGCAAUCGACAACAGGCAGUCUGGCAAAUCAUACCAUUAACACCAACAACAAUGUUCCUGCAAUGACCGACUCGUUCCCAGCACUUGGUAACCACAGCAGUCCAGAAUUUGCAUUCGCUGCGGGACCCAAACGCACGCCGCCUGGCUUCGAGUCCGUGAAUGUUAAAAGAGUGCCGGGACCACCGCCAGGAUUUGGGAAUGUCACUCUGAACUCCGUGGCGCGGAAUACGAACAACAUGACCUUUACCAACUCCACCGGCGAUACGUACAAUAUCUUGCCUUCGCAUAGCUACGUUUCACCGUCCAAUUUCAGCAAACGUAAUCAGAACCUCGUGACACACUUUCAAAGGGCACUGAAAGACCAAGCGGCGCUGGCAGAGUUCCGCACCAUAUCACAAAUGUUUCGUGAUGGGCAGUACAAUGCAUCGGCCUACUACGAGCACUGCAAAAUAGCACUGGGAGAUCGUUUCCAAGAAAUAUUUCCCGAAUUGAUCGCUUUGCUACAGAACAUUGCUAAGCAACAGGAACUGUACUUAGUGUACUGUCAAGACGAGAAAAAUCGGCCCAAAUCGUCGGGAAAGGGGAAGCAAGCGAACGCUUCGCGCCUGGAAGUUUGUCAGGUUUGCAAACAGGUUCUCAUACAGACCGAUUUGACCGAACAUUAUCAGACGCACUACAUGGAAAAUAAUUUCCCGAAGCUAGCAAACAACGCGUUGGAUGAGGGAAAAGUGGGAUCUUCUGCUUGGAAAAAAUAAGUAACCUUAUAUGAAAUGGUUUAACUGAACCCGCGAAACGAAAAGCUAUAAACAAUUACUCAUUUCUACAAAGUGCUGCCUUCACAGUUGAAUAAUGGAUGAUUUUCAUUGGUCGCAGUGAAUAACUUUUCCAAUUUCUUAUCGAAAGAUCUUUUUUUUUUAUCUAAAAUGUAACUUAAAGCAACACAAACAGUUGGUGUGGAUUUGAAACCUUUUUGUUCGAUAUUUGGCGUGACGCAGAGGUUGAAUAAUCAUUUGAAGAAUCAAUUUCUAAAGUAGAUCGAAUUAAAUUGCAGAACUCAACGAAUUUCUAGUUAUACGUCUUCCUUUUUCUCACCAGGCCUUUCAUUCAUGCAGUCCUCAGAUUUUUAUGAUCAGUUCUUGUUUGUUAAUAAGCCUGUUUUGUAUCAAGAACUGAAUUGAAACAAUCUGUUAGGUAAAUAAAAUAAUUAAAAUGAAUGUUUUUCGAAAAUUUUAUCGAUCACAAAUGAUCUGAAGCAUCCAGAGCGUAACGGGGUAUCGCUUUAAUGAAUAGAAUUAUCACCACGAACCAGUGUAACAGACCUGUGGACUAAGUAAAAUGUCAAACGUUCCCUUCAUAGUCACAUAAAUCACGGCUUUAUUGUAAAUAAACGCUGUGCAGUACGCUGUGUUAAGCAAUUUUGCAAGUGCAUCAACCAUUCUGUGCGGGACAUUGUACAAAUAUAACAUUAAGGCGAGAUAUGUACAUUCUAAUAAAACAACGAUUCAA